AUGAAUGAAAAUGAAGAAACAAAUGCAAACAUCGGUCACCAAAACAGUGUUCACGACAACGACGACAACCACACCGACGCUCAACACCAGACCACUAGUGAUGAUAAUCUGAAUAAUAUCGUUAGUAACCUUGGCAGCCACACAGCGACCGAAGUCGUCGCCGACACCGGUCUUCAGGAGCCGGACAGCAGUCGAACGACAGAUGCGAUCGAUGGCAGCAUUCAGUCCAAGACUCAGUCGACCACCUCUUCGAGUCCGGGCAGCGCUCAACCCAUCAUCAGUGAAGAGACGGCAACGCAUGAAAUCAACUUAAAUGACAACAACGAGGAGACCGUCAAUGAACCCAACGCUCAAAUCGCAGAUAAUAACGAACUCGAGAGCAAUGAUAAUAAAGUUGAGACAACAGUUGAGACAACAGUUGAGACAAAAGUUGAGGCAAAAGUUGAAAUACAAAGUGAUUCCGAAAAGAGCGCCCAAAAUGUCAACACAAGUGAUGGUUUGAAUCCAUUUGAAGAAUCGGACGAACAAACACGUCUGUGCUUAGGUAAGGUGCUGCUUAGUUUGCUCUGCAAUCUUCCAAAUGAAUCCAUCGGCGAUGAGAAGCCGAACGACUCGCCGACAAAAGUGGCGGCGGAAUCGCCGGCAAAGAGUCCAUUGGCGUCGGCGACCGCUUCGCCAUUAAAGAGUCCAAAAGCGGUCGCAAUUCCCAGUGAUUUACAAGAAGUGAUAAACGAUAGCAGUAUUUCAGAUGAAGUGAAAUUCGGUUUACUUUGCGCUAAAAUCAUGUCAAUCGUGUCAUCGGUGGACAACAGUCAAGACGCCAACACAAUCACUGAUAACAUUCUUCAUCUGUUAAUAACCGACGAUUUGCAGCGAAUCCGGAAUCCGCAGACAUUGAGACUCUUUUUUCGAGAUUAUCUGAAACUCUUGCCGUCGAAGAUUGUGGCCGAGAUUCUCAGCGUUUUGAUCGCUGUGUUCAAGAAAUCGCUUCUCAACUUAGAGGCGGCGAAAGGACUGCUAUUGGACUCAUUGACACAGACUUUUCAUUUCGAUAAUCUGAUCAAACACUUCAUCCGUGAGAUCAUAAACCUUCAGACGUCUUACAGCUGUGAUGUGCGAGAGUUGAGAGCACUGUUACGACAGAGCGAAGACGACCCGAGACUUCUUCAUUACGUGCGGAACGCGAACCUCCAGCAGAGGAGUCGUCCGAACGCCUUCUUUGCCUUCACGGGCUCUACCGGUUCUGUGUUGGCUCUGCCGCCCAUUCAGAAGUGGCCGACACAGAACGGCUGGACAUUCGUCACGUGGUUUCGACUCGAACCCAAUGCCACCAAUUCUCAGCCCUAUCUCUACUUCUUCAGGACCAGCAAAACGGGUGUCGGAUAUUCCGCUCACUUUACCGGCAAUUGUCUCGUCUUGACGUCGAUGAAGAUCAAAGGCAAGGGCUUUCAACACUGCAUUCCCUAUGAGUUCAGUCCAUUCAAGUGGUUCCACUGCGCCAUCACUUAUGUGACCAAAUGGAGGGGCGCGGAGGUGAAGGUCUACGUCAACGGCCAGAUGACCGCCAACACCGACAUCGCGUGGAGUGUCCAGACGUCCGACAUAUUUGACAAGUGCUAUAUCGGCGGCACCGCUGAUCUCAAUGAGUCCCACCUAUUCAACGGCCAAUUGUCGGCCAUCUAUCUGUUCCACGAGGCGCUGAACGCGAGCCAAAUCUGCGCCAUUCAUCGCUUGGGUCCGUCAUAUAUCGGACAAUACCUUCACAGCAAUGAGAGUCAACUCGAGUUACCAAUGGUUAUGAAGCGUGUGUUAUAUGAGGAGAAAUUGAGUUCUUCGCUCAUCUCUCUGUACACACCGGUGGCCGUCGAAGGAGAGACUCUAUGCCUUCAAUCGACUCCGAAAGGGAAUCCCAAUUACUUCACGUCUUCACCACACGCGGCACUAUUGGGCCAAACGGUUGCCAUUAAAACCCAAUCGAUUAGUUCGACUCUGCAGUCGAUUGGAGGGAUUCGCGCACUUCUGCCACUUCUUCACCGCUUCACCCAUCGGUCUGACGCCGAGGCGUGUUCUACACUCAUUGGCUUCAUAUGCGAUCUGUUGGAGAGCUCUCCGCAAUGGUUCGGCAACGAAGUCGUUCAGUCGCACGGAUUUGUCAUCAUUUCCUCACUAUUGGCCAAAAGUCCGCGAAUUCUUAUAAACGAAGAAACGCUUGAAAUAGUGUUGAAUUUGACUAAAACACUGAUCAGCGCCGCAUCGGGUGCUGACUCUCUCUUAUUGAAGCAAUUAAUGGACAGUAUUUUAUUCAAUUCGUCGCUUUGGGUUUACGUGGACUCGAAGUUACAGCUGAGGCUAUACUGCUAUUUGGCCACAGAGUUCCUCAGCGGUAAUAAUAGUAGUGGCAAUAAUAGUUCCGGUGCUAACAGUGUGUCCAAUGGCAUCGUAUUCAGUGAAGUGAGACGUAUCUCAACGGUAUUACAAUUAUUACAUUCAUUGAAAUACUAUUACUGGUUAUCGGAGGAGAAGAACAUUCAAGUGAAGGCCAAAGACACGACUUUGCGGCCCAACAAAAAUGAAUUGCUGUCCAUUCGCUCAUAUAUUCUGCUAUUCAUUAAACAACUGAUUCUUAAGGGAAAUGGCGUUCAUUUGGACGAACUUCAGGCGAUUCUCAACUAUUUGACAACAGUUAACGAAGACGAGAAUAUUCUGGAUGUGCUUCAGAUGUUGCAGUCAUUGAUGUGCGAACACCCGGCGUCUAUGAUUCCCGCCUUCGACGCCAAACACGGCGUCAAAACUGUCUUCAAACUAAUGGAUUCCCCCAACGAAGAGAUCCGCAUUCAAGCCCUCAAACUGUUGGGCUAUUUCUUGUCCAGAAGUACCCCAAAGCGAAAGCAGGACGUAAUGGGUCCGCACAACCUGUAUAUGCUUUUGUGCGAACAUCUCAUUAAAUUCACGCCUUUAAGGAUCGAUACGUAUAACGCGUUGCACGAGAUUCUGACCGAAACGGCAAUCGAGACCAUCAGAGCAUCGCAUUCGAGUAAUCCGAGUCUUCGCAUCGAGAAUCCAAUGAUUCUCAAAGUGAUCGCAACUCUUCUCAUCGAAGGCAAGAAAGAGGAUCCCAACGACACCGACGACACAAAUCCUGACAUCAAACGACUCUUUAUCAGUGAUUUAUGGCGACUAUUGGUCAACAAUCGGGAGAACAGGCGUCUAGUGUUGCAGAUGUCUGUUUGGCAGCAUUGGCUCAUAAACCUCAUCGACCAUAACGUGGAAGUGACCAAAGAUCAGAUUUUGGCCAUAUUUCGGAUACUGUUAUACCACGCGAUUAAGUAUGAAUACGGCGGAUGGCGGGUAUGGAUCGACACACUGGCCAUCAUUCACGCGAAGGUCAGUCUCGACGAGUUUAUGGCUCAGUUUGGAAGAGACAAGACUCACAGGAAUAGCGAGUUUAGGGCCGAAAGGCGAACGUCCGGCGACUCCAGUACUGGCAGUAAUUCAGUGAAAGACGAGUCGUUUCAAUCAAAUCACACGGAUUUGCAUCCAAGCAGUGGUGAGGCCUCUGAGAAGGCGUCCACUCGUGAGGAAGACAACAGCCGUCCAGAAGACGAUCCCCGUCCUGAAGAUGAUCGCGAAGUGAGUUCAGUCACUCCCAAAUCUGCUGCCCAUCCGUCACAAGACAUUACUGAUAAUACAAACGAUAGUUCAAAGAGUGAUAAAAGUGCCAAAACUAAUGAUACAAAUGGUGUGACAAAAGUGGACGAAAGUACUGGUGAUGUGAGCGCUAGUAAUGAAGAAGAGAGCGAAGAACAAAAGGCUGAGACGAAGGAAGCGGUGAUCAGUACUAUUAGCUCUAUUUCUACGGAAUCAAAGUUGACGACAACUGAUCCCAAACUGUCCACUACUGUAGUUCCUGAUAGCGCUCCCACCAGAAGCAAUAGAAGCAAUAGGUUUGGGACUCAGCGCCGAUCCAACCCUCAGAAAGAAUUUUAUUCGUCACUUAUUUUGGGCCAAAAGCCGGCGCCCAAAGUGUCGGCGACGCCAGCCUUUCGUAUACCGGAGUUUCGUUGGUCUCAAUUGCAUCUCAAACUACUCAACGACUUAUUGUUUUCCAUUGAAUGCGAUCUUCAGAUGUGGAGAAGUCAGGGCUCGGAAUACAAAUCUGAGACCAACUCUCAGCGCAGCACUCAAUUGGACCAAAUUCUUCAACAUUCAGAGAAUCAGAUUUAUAUCGUGAACGCCAUUCAUCUCGUGUCACAAUUGAGUGAUAAUAUCAUAAUAGCCGCGGGAGGACUACUGCCACUGUUGGCUGCGGCCACGGGUGGCAACAGCGCCGCACCCAAUGUGGCCGCCGGUGGUGAGGGCUUAACCGCAAUUCAGGCCAAUUCACUGCUCUAUAGACUCGUCAAUCUGAUCGACAUCUUGUGUUUCGCCGCAACUCAUGUCAACUUCGGUGAAUUGGAGGCCGAGAAGAAUAUGUCGGCCGGAGGUAUACUAAGACAGUGUCUGCGACUCGUCUGUACGGUUGCCGUCAAGAAUUGCCUGACUGUACAAAAACACAUUGAAAAUGGAUUACCAAAUGAUAACGACUUGGAGUCGAUUGACAUGAAAGACGAGUUGAAUGCGGGCACAAGUAUUGCCGCCGCCGCAGAACUCUUUGGCAUCGAUUUCUCCUCCGAGACGAGCGAUUUGGUCACGAACUUCAAGACCGACGGAUCAGACACUGAGACCGUCUCGACAUUCAUUCCAAUACAACCGCUUCCUAUCAAAGAUCCGAUGCGUUUACUGCAAGAGAUGGACGUCAAUAGAUUGAGAGCCUGUAUAUACAGAGACGCCGACGCAGACACCCGACAGUCACAGUUCUUAGCGUUGGCCACACUUUACUUCAUAUCUGUGUUAAUGGUCUCCAAAUACAGAGAUAUUAUUGAACCGAAAAGCGGUUCUCAAGCGACGAAAGGCAGUCGUCGUAACUCUCAGGCGUCUAACGACAGCUCGCAGUCACACAACGAUCAGAAUAUAGACGCCGGAAGUCUCGACCCCUCGGAGAUCAUUAAACCCAUAGAAUUGCCCAAAAGUCACGGCGACUCGAAUAUCGGGGAGAAGUUGACCGCAAAACUGGAGACAACGCUAUCGAGUGUUUGUCCGCUUCUCAGAGAAAUUAUGUGCGAUUUCGCGAACUUUCUGUCGAAAACACUUCUCGGUUCUCACGGACAGGAUUUGGUGAGCAAAGAGGCCGUCCGUACGUUCCGGCGCUCGAACGCCAGUCCCGUCGAGUUAGUGAUGCUCUUGUGUUCACAGGAGUGGCAAAACACACUCCAGAAGAACGCGGGCUUAGCUUUCAUUGAACUCAUAAACGAAGGCAGACUUCUGUCGCACGCAAUGAAAGAUCAUAUCGUGAGGGUUGCGAUGGAAGCGGAGUUCAUAUUAAACCGUUUGAGAGCCGAUGAUGUGUCCAAACACGAGACGUUCGGUCAGUCGUGCUUUGAGACACAUGAGAGCCGUUCACACGAAGAGACGCUCAUUAAUUCGUUGAUCCUUUCGGCGAAACGACGCGAUUGGAUGGUCUUUACGCGAUUCAAAGAGAACCUAAAGCGCGGACACAGAAAGCACUACAAACUCGACUCCUGGGAAGACGACGCCCGACGCAAACGUCGAUUCAUUUGCGAUCCCUUCGGUGUCGACCAAAUGCCAGACAAUUCGCAGCAAUUAUUCCAAACAUCUGAUGGAAACCCUAUUCCCACACAAUCUGUCGACGACUCCAAUAUAGACGAGAGUUCGGCCGAUAAGGCGAACGAUGAGGUUAUGGCCAAUCCAUUGGUUUCACCGAAACAAACGCUAAACACUUCAUCACGUGUUGAAGAAGAGGAGGAAUUCUUAUGGGAAACGGAAGACUCGGCGCCAGAAAAUGAGACAAAUCCUGAAUUCAGUGGUUCUGUUCUCUUCACAAUCGAUUGUUCACUAAUUUGGGGAAUUUAUGCCAUUGAAGGUAUACUUCAGAUCACCGCCAAUGAGCUGUUCUUCGAGGCCCACAGCAGUGAAAUCGAGUUGAGUUCUGCGCUUAAGUUCGACAAAAAGAUAUCCAAAACAGAGGCCGCCGACAACAUAAUGAAGGGCUUGAGUGGUAUCGGGUCUAAGGGCUCCAAAGGGUUCAAAGACUUGGAUUUAAUGGUUUUACGUUAUUGUGAUCUUUUGACAUACAAUGGAAAGAUUCUGCUCAACGAAAUCCGAGCCGUAUUUACGCGAAGAUUUCUAUUACAACAGAACGCCAUCGAAAUAUUCUUGGCUCAGAGGACGUCCAUUAUGUUCGCGUUCGUCGACUACGAGACCGUCAAAAAAGUGGUCAAAUAUCUGCCGCCAGUGGGUGUGGGCGUGAAGUACGGCAUCCCUCAGUCCCGGAGAGCGUCGCUGUUAUCACCGAAACAACUGUUCGCGACAUCCAAUAUGACACAGAAGUGGCAGAAGCGAGAGAUCAGUAAUUUUGAGUAUUUAAUGUUUUUGAAUACGAUUGCCGGCCGAACCUAUCAGGACCUCAACCAAUACCCGGUGUUUCCCUGGAUUCUGACCAACUAUGAGAGCAAUGAGCUAGACUUGGCUCAGCCCACGAACUUCAGAGACCUCUCCAAACCGAUCGGCGCUCUCAACAGCGACCGGAGAUCCGACUUUAUUGAGCGCUACAACACGUGGGACAACAGCAACAAUGUUCCCGCUUUCCAUUACGGCACGCAUUACUCGACGGCUGCCUUCACACUGGGAUGGCUCAUACGAUUGCAGCCCUUCUACUCCACGUACCUGUCCUUACAAGACGGCCGUCUGGAGGACGAGUCCCGACUCUUCACAUCGAUUCGCGACGCUUGGGUCGCAUCCCUUAUGGGUGGCCAACAGAAUGUCAAGGAACUGAUUCCGGAGUUCUUCUAUUUGCCAGAGAUUCUCAACUCGAACCACAUCUUGGAUGACGUGGAACUACCGGUUUGGGCCGAAUCUCCCGAACAUUUCAUACGAUUACAUCGAAUGGCUUUGGAGUCGGAUUUGGUUUCGUGUCAAUUACACCAAUGGAUUGAUUUGAUCUUCGGAUAUAAGCAAAGAGGACCCGAAGCGGUCAGAGCUGUCAACGUAUUCUACUAUUUGACAUAUGAGGGCAAUACAGACCUGUCGAGUGUCAACGACUUUGCGCUCAAAGAGGCGAUCGAGUCUCAGAUCCGACACUUCGGCCAAACGCCGAGUCAACUGAGUUCAGAGCCUCAUCCGCCGCGAAGCAGCGCUCUUCACGUGUCGCCACUCAUGUUCUCGCCGGUGAUGGACGAGGUCUGUAUGUCAGUCAAGUUCCCGUUCAACGCAGCGGUCACUCACAUCGCCUCGUGUUCGGCACAUAACGGUCAGCCCAACAUCGCCUCCCAAAUCGUGACCAUUAAUUCGCAUCAACAGUAUUAUCUCCAUAAGUGGAACACCAAAGAGUCGGCCACACCGUUGACUAUGGAUACGGCUCUCAUCUCUUCCACGUCUAACACUAAGCGGCAACUGUUGGACACAACAAAUCUGUGCACAUCAUCGCAGAGCCAUUACAUCGUGACUCUGGACGCGAAGCACAUCAUUAUGUGUCCAUUUUAUGACAACUCAUUCCGCGUCUAUUCGACCGAAACGGGAAAACUAACACAAAUUAUUUACGGCCACAGAGGGAUCGUCAGCUGUUUGGCCCGAAGCGAGUGCAACGUCGCGGCCGACUUCUACGUGGCGUCCGGUAGUCAAGACUGUUCGGUACUGUUGUGGACAUGGAAUGCAAAAUAUGCUCAAAUUGAAGGCAACGGCGCUUCCAAUUUGUCCAAUCCUUUGCCAAAAUUGACUCUUUGGGGACACGAGUCGACUAUAGUGUCGCUGUUAAUCAGCGCAGAGUUAGGUCUCAUAGUUAGCGCCAGUCGUAACACUAUAUUAAUACAUACGACAAGUCAUGGCGAGUGUAUCACCGAAAUCGAUAUUAGGAAAAGAGGUGCCAUUUCUACACUUCGAAGUAUUAGUAGUUAUUCCGACAACAGAGCCGAUGAACAAACCGAUGGUAGACCUGAAGGAGAUAUUAACGAGGCCAACUUAGAGGCAUCGAUGUUAGGAAAGGACGGUUCGAAGAGUAUUCGCAAACAAUCACCCGAUGCCAGGAGUGAUACUAAAGCCGACACAUCGAGUAUGACUUCAAAUGAAGUGAAUACUGAUUAUUGUUCAGCUUUUGAUGAAACCGAUUAUCUCAUCAAUAAUCUGGUUUUGUGUCGAGAAAUGGGUUUCAUUGUGGGAAUAGCUAUACCACAGAGCAAUGACAGCGAUUACGAAGACUCGAAGCCCGGUUCGGCACAAAAGCAUUUAAAGGCAUCAAAACCGGAACGACAGCAACAAAACGCGUUACUCUUUUCCUAUAAUUUGAGAUCAAAACUAAUUAAAUGCAUACAAAUCGGUGGCAUUUCGUUCUCCAAAGACCGGGACUCGACUUUACUGUUGACCACAAGAGACGGCGAAUACAUAGUGAUGACAGAGAACGGGUCGGCGGUAAAGAUAUUGCGGACGUUUGAUUUGACGCCAUUGUAUGCGUUGAACACAACGGAACUGUCGACAGCUUUCACUGGCGAACAAAAUCGGAUUAAAUCCAUGACUUUGACUGACUUUAAGUACUUAUUGGUUGGACUCGAAAACGGAAAACUAAUUAUAUAUAACAUAGAUUUUAAUCGAUGGCAUCACGAGUACAGCAGCAGAUAUUAGUGCCUAAACUCUAGUCUUAGUGUUUACUUUUAACUUAAAAUUAUAAUAUAAUAUACGGUAUGAAAGCAUUAUAAAUAGAGCCGAAGAUCUCGAUCUCUGUUUUUUAGAUAAAUUUGAAUCGACUUAUGAUUUGUUGAAAUAUAUAUUUUUAUUUUGGAAACAAAAUGAUAAAUCAAUCGCCAA